GUUUUCAAGAGGGUUUCUUUCUCCCCUCUCCUCUAGGCCUCUGAUCCUCGUCUCACAGAGAAGAGUAAUGCCUUCAAUGGCGCAGAACGGACCCAGAAGCAAUCUUCAAAACCAAAAGAAGCAGUCCAACUUCCCCAAUAAGUCUCGCAAUUCUGAUUCUUUGGCCAGGAGAGAGAGGAUUAAGAGUCAGAGGUUGUCUCUACCUAUAGCUUCAGUUAAGGAACGACUUAUUGAGGAGGUUAAAACCCAUGAUAUAUUGAUCAUUGUUGGUGAAACUGGAAGUGGAAAAACAACUCAAUUACCUCAGUUUCUGUUCAACGCUGGGUUUUGUCGAGAUGGAAAAGCUAUUGGGAUAACGCAACCUAGGCGUGUUGCGGCGGUCACUGUGGCAAAACGGGUGGCAGAGGAAUGCGGCGUUGAGCUGGGACAAAAGGUUGGAUAUUCCAUCAGGUUUGAUGACAAAACCUCUAGCUCUACAAGGAUUAAGUACAUGACUGAUGGAUUGCUACUCAGGGAAGCAUUACUGGAUCCUUACCUCUCUAGAUAUUCAGUCAUCAUUGUUGAUGAAGCUCAUGAGAGAACUGUCCACACUGAUGUUCUGCUGGGAUUGCUAAAAAAUGUACAAAAUGUUAGGUCAAACUCUAUGAAGGACCAUGUCAAUACGGAUGACAAGAAGUCAAAGAACAGGACAGUGCAGGAGAAAGGAACUGGUGCUCAAUGUACUAGUUUUCUCAAGCAAGGCCAUGGCAGGAAAUUCCCUCCACUGAAGUUAAUCAUAAUGUCUGCCAGCUUGGAUGCUCGUGUUUUUUCUGAGUAUUUUGGUGGUGCCAGAGCUGUUCAUAUUGAAGGGCGCCAACAUCAUGUUGAUAUACUGUAUGCUCUUCAUCCUGUGCAAGAUUAUCUUGAUGCGACCUUGGUUACUAUAUUCCAGAUUCAUUUGGAGGAGGCCCCUGGUGACAUACUUGUAUUUCUAACUGGCCAAGAAGAGAUUGAGUCCAUUGAAGGACUUGUGCAGGAACAACUUCAUAAAUUACCUGAAGCCAAUAGAAAGUUGUCAACUGUUCCUAUAUUUUCAUCUCUUCCAUCGGAGCAGCAGAUGCGGGUCUUCAUGCCAGCUUCACCUGGGCAUCGUAAGGUAAUAUUGGCAACAAAUAUUGCUGAGACAUCUGUGACAAUACCUGGAAUCAAAUAUGUUAUAGACCCAGGAUUUGUGAAAGCACGUUCUUAUGAUCCAGUCAAAGGGAUGGAAUCAUUGAUAAUUAUUCCAACUUCAAAAGCUCAGGCACUUCAAAGGAGUGGACGUGCAGGUCGCGAAGGACCUGGAAAGUGCUUUCGUCUGUAUCCAGAGCAUGAAUUUGAGAAACUUGAGGAUUCGACGAAGCCAGAGAUCAAGCGGUGCAACCUCUCAAAUGUCAUCUUGCAGCUGAAGGCUCUGGGUGUCGACGAUAUCAUUGGGUUUGAUUUCAUGGAAAAGCCAUCUAGGGCAGCUAUCAUCAAAUCAUUGGAGCAUCUGUUUUUGCUUGGUGCUUUGACAGAUGACUGUAAGUUGUCAGAACCUGUUGGGCAUCAAAUGGCUCGGCUUCCUUUAGAUCCUAUUUAUUCCAAAGCUCUCAUCUUAGCUAGUCAGUUCAACUGCUUGGAAGAAAUGCUGAUAACUGUUGCGAUGCUCUCAGUGGAAUCUAUUUUUUAUACCCCUCGUGAGAAAUUGGAUGAGGCGAGAACUGCAGCGAAGUGCUUUUCAAGUCCAGAUGGAGACCAUCUUACUUUGGUUAAUGUGUAUCGGGCAGUAGAUGGACUUUUGGAAAAGAGAAAGAUGGAAUUUGGUAAUGAAAAAAGUCUCAAAGGAAAAAAUGAAAAAUUUCUGAGAAAAUGGUGCAAGGAAAAUUUCAUUAAUGGCCGUUCACUGAGGCAUGCUCGUGACAUUCACAGUCAAAUUCGAGGACAUGUUGAACAAAUGGGUCUUCGUAUUUCUUCAUGUGGAGAUGAUGUGCUUCAAUUUCGAAGAUGCCUUGCUGCUUCCUUUUUCCUUAAUGCAGCUUUGAAGCAGCCUGAGGGGACGUACAGGGCCUUGGCAAGUGGACAGGUAGUGCAGAUACACCCUUCUUCUGUGUUAUUCCAGUCAAAGGCAGAAUGCGUAAUUUUCAAUGAACUGGUCCAAACCACUAAGAAGUACAUCCGCAACGUAACUAGGAUCGAUUAUUUAUGGUUAACUGAGCUUGCUCCUCACUACUAUGCCUCACAGAGUUAAAUUUUUCCGCUGGAAAUAACAGAAGGAUGAUCUCUGUUUCUUACCAUUGAGGGUGACAAUCAGUAAUACAUCCAAACAUGUUCUUAUCCAUCCCUUUUUAUACUGGUAGAUGAGGGGAGUUGCAGAAUUUUGGGAUUCUCAUUCGCAACCCUAUCUGUUGGUGCUUUGUGGCUAUUUGCCAUCUGGAGCAUCCUCAAGAGAGAAUUGUCAAUUCCAUCCAGAAUUGAUUCCAAUACAAGGAAGCAUGCUGAUGGUGUUUCAGUUUUCCCUUCAUUUUGAAUUUCUAUGAGUGAGCCAGGUUGUUGAAAAUCAGCAACUUAAGAGACUCUGAUUUGUAAGCCGUUAUUAUAUUGAGUGCAGGAUGGCUGCAUUUUGAAUUUUGACGGGGUGGAAGAGCACAGGACUGUUUCCCAGUUCAUCAUUUGGUUUUAGUGGUUCUAGAAUCUUUAACCCUGUAAAUCCCCUUCCUCCCCAGCAGCGCCCCCCCCCCCCCCCCUUUUCUUUUCUAUCUCUGUGAUUAACUCCAUUUUUAUGUGGGCUUGAGAAAUGAUGCUUUGUUACCAUUCUAAAUUAAAGCCUCUUACUUUUAGAAGUCAGAUUCCCUAUCCAUGGAUUUUAAGUUGCUCUCCAUAAUGUAAAAUUGAUGUAGCCAACAUUGAUGAUAUUUAUGGAUGGUUCAGUAUA